AACAUUUUCUUGACUUUAUUUUUAAUAAUAAGAAUAACGGUGAAAUGGCGACAUCUUGAGGCCGCGGGUGCUAUGACCCUGUGUCUGGGUACUGUUAGCUGACGUUAGCUGUGUAGCUGACUUUGCAGACACGUAUACACACAGUUUAGACACAUGUUGAAGUGACGCUGGCAGAAAUGCAAGCUCCGGUUAAGGAAUUCACCGGCUUUCCCACUCCCACGAAUUAAGCUCCUGGACCAGCCAUGUUCGGCACAGAGUCGUCAUUAAGCAUGUUUCUCAACACCUUGACUCCCAAGUUCUACGUGGCUCUGACAGGCACUUCGUCCCUCAUAUCAGGACUCAUAUUGAUCUUUGAGUGGUGGUAUUUCAGGAAAUAUGGGACCUCCUUCAUAGAGCAAGUGUCUGUGAGCCACCUGCGCCCCCUGCUGGGUGGAGUGGACAGCAGCUCUCCCAGCAACUCUAACACAAGUAACGGGGACGCUGACUCUAAUCGGCAAAGUGUGUCCGAAUGUAAAGUGUGGAGAAAUCCGCUAAACUUAUUUCGUGGAGCUGAAUAUAAUCGUUAUACAUGGGUAACGGGUCGAGAGCCACUGACUUACUACGACAUGAAUUUGUCAGCACAAGACCAUCAAACCUUCUUUACAUGCGACUCAGACCACCUGCGACCAGCUGAUGCCAUCAUGCAGAAGGCAUGGCGGGAAAGGAACCCGCAGGCUCGCAUCUCUGCAGCACAUGAAGCUCUGGAGCUUGAAGACUGUGCAACAGCAUACAUCCUUCUAGCAGAGGAGGAGGCCACCACCAUAAUGGAGGCUGAGCGAUUAUUUAAACAGGCGCUUAAAGCCGGAGAGGGUUGCUAUCGCCGCAGCCAGCAGCUCCAACACCACGGUACACAGUAUGAAGCACAACACAGAAGAGACACUAACGUGUUGGUGUAUAUAAAAAGGAGACUGGCCAUGUGCUCCAGAAAGCUUGGUCGAACACGAGAAGCAGUCAAGAUGAUGAGAGAUUUGUGUGUUUUCCAGUUAAUGAAGGAGUUCCCUCUCCUCAGUAUGUUCAACAUCCACGAGAACCUGCUGGAGUCGCUACUAGAGCUCCAGAACUACGCCGACGUCCAGGCGGUUCUGGCCAAGUACGACGAUAUUAGCUUACCCAAAUCUGCAACAAUAUGCUACACAGCAGCCUUGCUCAAAGCCAGGGCAGUAUCGGACAAGUUCUCUCCAGAGGCAGCAUCCAGGCGGGGCCUGAGCACAGCAGAGAUGAACGCAGUAGAAGCCAUCCACAGAGCGGUGGAGUUCAACCCUCAUGUCCCCAAAUAUCUGCUGGAGAUGAAGAGUUUGAUUCUUCCUCCAGAACAUAUCCUAAAGAGAGGUGACAGUGAAGCCAUCGCCUAUGCCUUCUUCCACCUCCAGCACUGGAAAAGGGUGGAGGGGGCGCUUAACUUGCUGCACUGCACAUGGGAGGGCACCUUCAGAAUGAUUCCAUAUCCUUUGGAGAAGGGCCACCUCUUCUACCCAUACCCCAUCUGCACAGAGACAGCCGACAGAGAGCUGCUACCCACAGUGUUUCAUGAGGUGUCGGUCUACCCCAAGAAGGAGCUGCCCUUCUUCAUCCUCUUCACGGCUGGUCUCUGCUCCUUCACCGCCAUGUUGGCUCUGCUCACACACCAGUUCCCUGAACUCAUGGGAGUGUUUGCUAAAGCUUUCCUCAGUACUCUGUUCGCUCCUCUGAACUUCAUCAUGGAGAAGGUGGAGAGCAUCCUGCCCUCCAGCCUCUGGCACCAACUCACUCGCAUUUGACCCCAAAUGACUCUGCCAGAAUCUGACCCAGGACCAGCACCAGAGAGCGGACCUCCGUGCAGACUAACAGCUGAACAGAAAUCCAGAAUGCUGCGUUGGACUAGACUGACACACUUUUGUGCCAGCUUUACAGAGUUCUGAUCAAACUGGAAGCAGUGAAAUACAGCAGGAGAACAGGCAGAACAGCCAUAUCCACCACUGGUUUGGACUUUCUUUGACAUGUCUGCAUUUUGAGGACAUUUCAAUUGUUAAAAGCUGUUCUUUUGAUGUACAAACUGAGGUUAUUAAAUGCCAUCAAUAAAAAGGGAAAAAAUGUCAAUAAAGGACUUUGUGUAUCUCUGCAA